UCGUUCUCUCUCGCCAUUCCCAAGAUAAAGCAACCAAACACGAGAGAGAGAAAAGCGAAGGAAAGAGAAAAAGAGACAGAGAAAGAGAGAGAGAAAGCGCGAGGAGAAGAAGAAUAACAAGUCACUCUUCCGAUGAAGUUAAUCGGCGACGGAGCCGAUGGCCGGAAAGUGCUCGUCGGAGUAAAAUUGGAUCCUUCCAGCCGCGAAUUGCUGACGUGGGCGCUCGUCAAAGUGGCUGAGCCCGGGGACAUCGUCAUUGCGCUUCACGUCCUCGACUCAAUCACUGAGGGAACGGCAUCGCUGUUAUCUCUCGUGAAGACUUUCGACUCCGUUCUCGCCGUUUAUGAAGGCUUCUGCAACCUAAAACAGGUUGGUCUGAGGCUUAAAGUGUGUCGCGGUGACUCGGUUCGGAAGGUUCUGGUUCAGGAGGCUAAGACGUUUGGCGUUUCCACGGUGAUUUUGGGAACUUCCAAGUCUCAUCACACUAUUCGCUCUUCCGCGUGGGUUGCGAAGUACUGUGCGAAGAAAUUGCCCAAGUGUAUCUCUGUUUUCUCUGUAGAUAAUGGCAAAAUUGCUUUCCGAAGAGAAGCUAAUUGUGGCGAUCGAGAAAAAUCACCCGAAGGGUCAAGUUUGUCGCCAAGGUCGUUGGCGGUUUAUGCCAAGAAGAAUAUGAAGAGUUGCGAAAGUUGUGCAUUGCAAGAGAUUCCUGGGACUGGGUUUGAGCGAGAGUUGUGUGAUGAUUUUGAGAAGGGUGAUUCGCUUGCUCUGGUCCCGUUUAAGAAACAUGAUGAUGGUCCUUGUUUUUCAGUUGUGGUGGAUAAUUCGAAGCGUAAACCUGGCUGGUCACUGCUUCGCAAUGUGUUUCAUCACAAGAAGCAUUCCCCAAAAUCUUCCACGAAAAAUACAUAUAUUUUUCAACGGGCGUUGCGGCAGUCGAGUUUUCAUUCUUCUGCUGUAGUCCAUCCAGAUCAUAAACAAAUUGGUAUUGAGCAGAUUGAUGAUUCCCCUCUUGAUGGGGUGAGUGGUGCCAUUGUGCCAUUUGGAUCUGCUACUAUUUUUACUCGGCCCUCCAUUAGCUAUGAGUCGGGUAACCUACCUGAAGAAUUGUUGAUAUUACAAGAAAAGUACUCAUCUUCGUGCACUUUACAUAGUUUGCAGGAGCUUGUAUCUGCAACCUCCAACUUCGCACCAGAGAAUUUGGUUGGCAAAGGUGGUUGUAGUUAUGUUUACAGAGGAUGUCUUCCAGAUGCCAAGGAAUUGGCCGUGAAAAUUUUGAAGCCCUCUGAGAACGUGGUAAAGGAGUUUGUUCAGGAAAUUGAGAUCAUUACGACUUUGUGCCACAAGAACAUAAUAUCUAUAUCUGGCUUUUGUUUAGAGGGCAACCAUUUGCUACUAGUAUAUGAUUUUUUGUCAAGGGGAAGCCUAGAAGAAAACCUCCAUGGCAACAAGGCGGACUGUAGUGCAUUUGGUUGGCAAGAGAGGUACAAGGUGGCUGUGGGUGUAGCUGAGGCACUGGAUUAUCUGCAUAAUGGCUGUGCUCAGGCCGUUAUCCAUAGGGAUGUGAAAUCUUCUAAUAUCCUUCUUUCAGAUGAUUUUGAGCCUAAGCUUUCAGAUUUUGGACUGGCUAGUUGGGGUUCAUCUUCUUCCCAUGUUACUUGUACCGAUGUAGCUGGAACUUUUGGAUACCUGGCACCUGAGUAUUUUAUGCACGGUAAAGUGACAGAUAAAAUUGAUGUAUAUGCUUUUGGUGUUGUACUCCUGGAGCUUCUCUCAAAUAGGAGGCCCAUUAACAAUGAAUGUCCAAAGGGCCAGGAGAGCCUUGUUAUGUGGGCAACACCAAUAUUGAAAGGUGGGAAGUUUCACCAGUUGUUUGAUCCAAACCUAGGCAUUGAAUACGAUGAUGGGCAGAUGAAGAGAAUGGUUUUGGCUGCUAGUCUCUGCAUUAGACGGGAACCUAGGCUGCGGCCUCAAAUCAGCCUUAUAUUGAAACUUCUUCGUGGUGAUGAAGAAGUCACAAGAUGGGCAGAAGAAGAAGUUAAUUCACCGCAGGAAGUUGAUGGUUUUGAGGAGGAACCAAUUCCAACUAACAUACAGUCCCACCUGAACCUUGCUUUGAUGGACUUGGAGGAUGAUACGCUUUCUAUAAGUAGCACUGAUCAGAGUAUCUCUUUGGAGGAGUAUUUGCAGGGAAGAUGGAGUCGCUGUUCGAGUUUUGACUGACCACUACUUCAUUUCGAUACCAUAUUGGAAUCAAAUGUUUGUUUCAUUUCUUAUUUUCGUUUAUCUUAGGUUAGAUUUUAAAUUCUGCGGUAGCGCAGAUUAGGUCUUGGAAGAGAGGUCCAACAGCAAAAUGUUCUGCCCCCCUCCUUGACUUUUUAGCUGUAUUCCCAAAAGCUUUUUUAGCAGUAGAACACAUCUUUGUGGGCGUUUGGGCUUUUGAGAGCAAAUUCUAACGGGCUAAUUCUGUAAAAUUUUACAAAAAAAAAAAAAUGUAAAUUACAUAACAUGAGUGAAAAGCAAACGGUGUCUUGCUUCUUAGUUGCCUGAUGCCACUGUCCCUUUUUUAUUC